AUGUCGCUCAGCCCGUUUGGAGAACCUCCACCCGGGACAGAUCUAUCCGCCGAUCAUGGCGCACGGAACAAUGCCGCUGUUAUCACAACCUUUGUCCUGGCAACAAUAGCUGUCGGGCUUCGGUUUUAUACAAGAUAUCGAGUACAGUCUGUGCAGAUAGCUGCGGAUGAUUGGAUGAUCGUGGGUGCCUUUGUAUGUUGUCUCAAAAAACGAUUUUGUCUACUUCUGUUUCUAACAGAUCUACAGCUGGCCGUAACUGCAAGUCUCAUUUUGACGGUGGUUGGUGGAUAUCACGGUCUCGGAAAGCAUGUGUGGAUUGUCCCUAUCGCCGAAGUCGUGGAAACGAUGCGCAUUCUCUUCGUCUACGUCCUACUCUACGUUGUCACCGUUCCACUCAUAAAAUUCUCCAUUAUUCUCUUCUACCGGCGCAUCUUCGGCAUGACAUGUACAAUGUGGUUCUGCGUGUUUCUGACGGUCGGAUAUUUCAUCUCUUGCAUAGUUGCCUUUCUGGUUUGCUGCAGGCCCGUGUCGUAUUACUGGACACAAUAUACAGAACCCAGUGGAGGAAAAUGUGUCUACGACCUCUACCCAUUCUAUAUCGGCAAUGCUGCGGCGAAUGUGACCACAGAUGGGAUCAUUCUGUUGGUUCCAAUCCCCCUUGUGUGGAAGCUACAGAUGCGAAAAACACAGAAAGUCUUGCUAUGCGGCAUUUUUUUGCUUGGAGGAUUUGUCUGUGUUGCAAGCAUUAUCCGAAUUUAUUACAUGACCUUCCUCAAAAACUCCCCCGAUGUCACUUGGAUCAUGGGCGAUGUCUUCAUCUGGUCCAGCGUCGAGCCCUCCAUCGGCAUCGUAUGUGCCUGUCUUCCAACAUUAUAUCCGCUACUUCGUUCUUUUAUUGCUCGCGUAUUUGGCAGUAGUACAGGGAGAUAUGCUGAGGCAUUAAGCAACCAGGAGUCAGCGACGAAAAAAGUCUUUGCUCGCAGACCAACGCCACUUGACUGGGAUGAGUCCCUGUUGAGUACACAUGACAUACAUGUCGAGAUGAGCGGACUUAGGAGGGAUCAUGGCGAUGAUAGGAAGAUUACGGUAGAUACGGAGUUUCGAAUAGCUGAAGAGAGCAGUCAAUUGAAGUAG